AUUUCACAAUUUCAAAAUUUUUUCUAUUUUGUUGUGUUUGGUUAUUUAUGGGUGGCUGGGCAGAACCGAUACGUCGCCGUUUUGGGUGGACAACACUUUAAAUACGAAAAGAAGGUGAGGGGCCAAGAUGUAAAGGAGACUAAUCGGACGGCUGAGAGAAACCCAUUUGGGCUUUAUAUAUAUCAAACCCUUUAUUAGGGUUUCUCCUCUCUACUCUUUGCUCGCCAUAUCCGCAGCAGCAAUACUGUGAAUACGGCUCUUUCCACUGUGUCUCGAGUUCUCUCCUCGAAGCUUCUUCCAAAAUGGUUCUUCAGAACGAUAUUGAUUUGCUGAACCCUCCGGCGGAGCUCGAGAAAAGGAAGCACAAGCUUAAGCGUCUUGUUCAGUCGCCCAACUCAUUUUUCAUGGAUGUGAAAUGCCAAGGCUGUUUCAACAUCACAACUGUUUUUAGCCACUCCCAAACUGUGGUGGUUUGCGGUAACUGCCAGACUGUGUUAUGCCAGCCAACUGGUGGACGUGCUCGCCUCACCGAGGGCUGCUCUUUCAGGAAAAAGGGUGACUGAGGGCUUUAGCUCUGUUUUUCCCAUUACACAAUUAUGAUUAUGACAUUAGAAUGGUUUCACUUGGCGAUUCCGGUAUCGAAAUUGGGGCAUCAUUUUGUUUUGCUUAUGAUAUAUUUGUUUUGUUAGUACUCUUGGCACUUUGCAAGUUCUAGUUUAUGUUGCUCUUUUGGUUUUUCCCAACUGUAUUGGAUAUGGUUUUGUUUUAAGAUGAUAUAAUUUUUAACCAGUUUUGAGCUGUAUUUGUUUUGAAUCAUGUUUCACAUCCUUGAAUGAUAUAUUUGUGAUUCACAA